AUGGAGCCCACCAAUGUUAAUCCGUCAAAUAACACUGAAGACACCUCAGGCCCUUAUGAGGAACCAACCAUGGAAAAAGAAUAUGACAUGGCUGGAGAUGUGAAGCUACUCCUCCCCGCAGUUGAGACUGUCUUAAUAAAGAUGGACGAGCUCCAUAAAGACAUGUCUCGUAGGGACGAAGUCGCUGCUGACCUCUCAGCCGUUAGGGCUGAAGUUCAAGAGGCCAAGGCCACCUCUGAACCUGUUGCUCCAACAACCAAUGAAGCUGAAGUUCCUAGAGUUGAAGCUGAAGCUGAGGUUGUUAAUGAAAUCCUAACAUCCUACGAAGCUCCUAUAGUUGAGGAUAUUGAUGCCGUCCAAGCUGACGCUGAAGCUAACGACGAUGACCUUCCCUUCUCAUCUACAGCCGAUGCUGGUGAUGUGGAAGAAGAUGAUGAAGAAAAUGACGGUGAAGAUGCUAACUCUCCUGGCUUUCCUGACUCUCACAGUGACCUGGAUGAUGAUGAUGAAGACGAUGAUGAAGACGACUUCACGAUUCAGUACUAG